AUGGCUCAAACAGUGCCAACCAUUAUUCUCAACGCACCGGCCCCGCUUUCCACUGGUGCCACUAUUGGGCCCGGCAUUGCGCUACCAAUAAUUCAAAAGAGUCAAAGUCUAUGGGACCACGCUGUGAAUACAGUUCCAGAGACUGAAAUCUCUCUGGUCAAUUUCCAGAAUCCCGAGAAAAGAGGCAUCCUUGAGGAUGUUCUUGUCUUGGCACAGCAACGAAGGGAAGAAUGCUUGCGCAAGAGAUGGCGCAUCAGACGAAAGAAUGGCACUAUCAUCAUCCUACGAGAUGUCUUUGAGAAGAUGAUCGUCUGGAUCAACAAAUUCAAGGAAGUUGGUGAUAUUGCAGUACAAUAUGAUCCAACCCAUGCAUCGCUGCCCUGGGCAGGUAUCCGGAUGAUCCUUCAGCUGACAAUCAAUGAUUCAAGCAUUUUCGGUGCUAUGCUGCAGGGCGUUGAUACUAUCGCCAAGAUGAUCACCCGAUACGCCAUUUUCGAGGGUAUCUACCUGGUAUCUCAAAUACUCACCCCGGCUGAGAACCAGCUAGCGCAGUCACUUACCAGGCUGUAUGCUUCGAUUCUGGUCUUUCUGGGGAAAGCACUUCACUAUUAUUCUAAGAACACUGCCAUGCGCCUUGCUAAGAGCGCGGUAUCGUUCUCGGAUAAUAAUAUCGAUGAUCUUUUGAAGGAGGUCUACGCAGCAGAGAACUUUGUUAGCCAAGACGCACAGCUAGUCGACGCUGAUAGACAGCAAGCUAUGGCCAGUAUCAUAAAGCACACGGAGAGCAUAGCCAUCAACAUCAACCAGAAUCAGAAUUAUCCAAUGCUGGACAACGCAUUCCAAACCCAGAUGCAACAAUUGACAUCAGCACUACUGGGCUUGGAGCAACCUAUUCUCCGAAUGUCCGGGUUAUUGGUUGACUGGCAAGACCAGCUUGAUACCACCCACCGGUCAGGCGUUUUGAACUGGAUAUCUAAUGUUCCUUAUAUGCAUCAUCAUCGAGCGGUGUGUAAAGGGCGUCUUCAAGAUACUGGCCUAUGGCUCCUCGAGAAGCCGGUAUUCUCUGACUGGCAGACGACGAGCUAUUCAUCUAUCCUUUGGUUACACGGUAUCCCGGGCUCGGGAAAGACAAAGCUGAUUUCCUUGGUCGUGGAUGACCUCAUUGCUCAAGGGGAAAAGGUUUCGUCGCCGGCUCCCAUUGCAUAUUUCUAUUGUGCCAGGAAUCAAAUGGAGCCCGAACGAGCGGAUCCCGAACAUAUCCUUUGCAGUAUUGCAAGGCAACUUGUUUGCAAAUCAGUGGACUACCCGAUACAUCAUUCUGCACUGAACAAGCACAAGGAAUAUGUCCAGGACAGCCCGCAGCCACUGAAGUUGUCGAUCGAUGAUGCGAUUGAAUUGAUUCUGGCUGUGUUAGACGAGACCCCGGCUACUAUCGUCAUCGACGCUUUGGAUGAAGCGGAUGCUACUCGACGACACGAGCUCCUCGAUGGCCUUGAAACUAUCAUUCAGAAAUCGAUAAACGUGGUGAAGAUAUUUGUCUCCAGCCGUGACGAAGUGGAUAUUGUCUGGAGGCUAGAGCAUUCUCCGAACCUGUAUGUUCAUGCAGCUGACAACUCGGAUGACAUCGAACGAUUUGUGAUGACUGAAGUGGAUCUGGCUAUUCGUUCUCGGAGACUGCUCGGCGGCCAGGUAUCUGAUCUUUUACAAGACCUGAUAAUUACGCGUUUAGCAAAUGAAGCUCAUGGAAUGUUUCGAUGGGUCACCCUCCAACUGCAAAACCUUUGCGACUCACAUCGAAUCAAGUGUGAAGAAGACCUACUCCAAGAGCUAGGGAGAUUACCCAGAUCUUUGGCGGACACAUACGACAUGAUCUACAAUCAGAUCGUGCAGUCAGGAGCACGCAGCAAGACUAUUGGAGAACGGGUCCUCAAAUGGCUACUAGCCACCCAACGGCCACUAAAGAUUAAUGAACUGCAGGCAGCAGUUUCAGUUGACGAUGGUGGACAACAUAGCCCACUCAGCAAGCGGGAUAUACUUGCAAUGACUUGCAACUUGGUUGUCGAAGAUACCGAGUUGGGAAUCUUUCGUUACGCACAUACCUCGGUGCUUGAAUAUCUUGAGACAAGGCCUGAAUUCGAUGCAUCGCAGGUGAACAUGCUAUUGCUGUCGCGGUGCAUGGACACUCUCUUGCAUUUGUCCAGCUUUCAACAUUCACAGUGUACAGGGGAUUGGGGAACUUGUCCGGACGAACGUUUCAAAGACUAUGCCUCUUCAUUUUGGCUACAGCACUGUGUCAGCUGCAGCGAUCACGACCGACAACAAGGGGUCUCGAGUAAGAUCAAAGCCUUCCUUUUCAACGGACUUCAGAAAACCAUUGCGCUUUCCGACUGGGAGAAUGGGAUACAUUACUGGAGCUUAUGUCAACAGGGAGGUAGUGUCGAGUGGAUCGUGAGUUUGCUCUAUCGUGAGAGUGGAAGAGGUUUGGGCAAUCCUACCCAUUGGUUUCUUACCUGUGCCAUUGGCUUGACGGAGAUAAUCGAGCAAAUGUCGUUGGCUGAGAUCAAUGCCCUUAACAAGAAUUUACGCUUUUCCGCCUUUGACGGGGAAAUCAAUUUUGAACUCCAACAGACCAAAGGCCUAGGGAUGAAUGGUUUGCACAUGGCUAUCAUAGGAUCAAACGAGGCCACUGUUGAGGUUCUCCUUCGCAAGGGUCUUAGCAUUUCAGAGAGGACUGACAGCAAUGAAACGUGCUUGAGCCUCGCGACAACCUGCAAUAAUCCCGUGGUUGUCGAGCUUCUUUGCAGUGCCGGAGCGGACCCGAACGAAAGCUGUCCCGUUAAAAUGAAAGAUGCUAUUGGUACAAUCAACCAGACCCAUCUCGAUCCAGAAUCGCGAGAGUUCGAUCGGAGGCCUCAAACCGCCAUGGGCUUUCGCCAACAGACACGGACAGUCCUUAUUGACGAGGACAUCGAGACACCUCUCCAUUCUGCUUCUUUCUAUGGCAACGAUCUCACGGUCACGGCUUUGCUAAAAUGGGGCGCUGAUAUCAACGCUCGAAGCUGGUUGGGAUCAACCGUGCUCCACAAGGCAAUGGAAGGAGACCAUCAACACGUGGCGAUACUCUUGAUUAAGGCAGGCGCAGAUGCAUCUACACCGUUGAUGUAUGGCCGAACACCGUUACAUCUAGCCGCUGCCAUGGGCCAGGACAAACUGGCAGAGUGCCUUAUUCAACAUGGCGCAAACGCGCUGGCCCGUGAUCAUUUUGGAAAGACUCCACAAGAAAUCGCUCGGCGGUAUGGUCAUCACAGCAUUGUGCAGAUCCUGGAAGUUGCCGUUUUGGCUAUUCCGGCCGAUGAAAUUCCAGGAUCCUCGUACAUGCUCGGCGCAACACUUGAAGAGUUUGAGGCUGCUGAGCGGGAAGAAUUAGAGCUUAGGCAGGCAUAUCUUGGGGAGAAUGAGCUUGAAGUCUCAGACACGGAGGAGAAUACCGAGUACUCACUCCUGAGGUCAGAAUAUAAAGUUGCUUCUGGGGAGGAUACAGAUGAGGAGAGUGAAUAG